CCGAAAAGUCGAGAUUUCCGACGUCGAAAUAUAGACGCAAUGAAAAUGCAUUAACAAAGAUGAAAUAAGAAAAUCCAGGUUAUAAAUUUUCAAAACGCGAAUUGAAACUUAUAUAUUGCAUUAAAUAAAAUGAUAUAAAAACAAGUUGAUAACAUUAUCAGCAUUCGGAUAGGAAUUUUGACCACUCUGCCUUUCCAUACUUUUUACGCUCUAUCACGCCUUGAACCAGAUAUUUAUAUAACCUUUUAUUUAUGUAGAGCAAUAAUCUUUAGUUUGUGUUUGUCAGUUACUCAUUUUCAUAACAGUUCGUACAUUAUUUCCGAUAUGAACAGAUGCAAGAUGUUUAGAUGUGUGAAAUAUAUUGGUAAAGGAUGUGGUGUUAGAUUCAGAAGCACAUGGGCAGACUUCAGUAAAUCUUGUCAUGACUAUGACAGAUAUAGGAGACCUGUGGGAAGUGAUUUGAUUGCAGGAAUGAGCCAGUUUUAUACCGGGAAACAGUUAAAGGAUCUUCAUAUUCUUGAUGUUGGCUGUGGCACCGGUCUGUACGGAAAGGCUUUGUUGGACCUGGGGCUUGGCAAAAUGUCACUGAUUGAUGCCUCGAAAGAUAUGUUGAGCGUAGCAAGCAACAAACUUGCAACAUACAUAGAACAAGGGUGCGUCUUGAGUUUAGAUCAUUACCAGACACCACCUUUACCAUAUCAAAACGGGAGUUUUGACGUUGUGCUUCUGAACAUGGUUAUCCACCAUUUAGAUUCUGUUAAUGGUAGAACAUUUCCCAAUGCCAUUCGCUUGCUGAAGGAAGCCGAGAUGUGUUUGAAAAAGAAAGGCAUAGUGGCAAUAACAACGAUACCACCCUCCAACGCCAUGAAUUACUGGACCAGCAAACAGUGUUAUGAAUUCACCCACAGGACUAUCCAGUAUUUUCCAUCCUUAGAUGAGUAUGAAACAAUGUUCAUCAAAUCAGGUCUUAAAUCUGUUCAGAAGUUAACAUUUCUUGGACCAGGUCUUAUUUGUUAUGAAAAUAUUAUCGAUUCGAAUGGAUAUUUGGACCAAAGCUGGGUGAACAGUGCAUGUGUAUUUGAGCUCGCAACGGAUGAAGAAAUGAUAGCAAUACAUGAAAAGGUACAUGGACUUGUUCAAAGCGGCAUGUGGCAACAGUGGACACAAGAGAAUGACACAACGGAAGCACUUGGUGGCGUUACUCUUCUUGUAUGCCACAAAGACUAGAUAUAUAUAUACAAACAUAUAUAUUCACAAUUCGAUAUUGUCAAUAAUGUUUGAAUACACACACACACACACACACACACACACACACACACACACACGCACAAACACACACACGCACACACGCACACACGCGCAAACACACACGCACACGCACACGCGCACACGCGCACGCACCCAAUCUUGCACGCACGCACGCACGCACACACGCACGCACGCAAACAUGCACACACGCUCACACGCACACACAUAUAAACGAACUUGUGUUCCAGUGAAGUCAUGUUUCACUUAACGUUCCAAGGCGGUAAUGAAUUCCUUUGUUGAUAAGCUAUUGUAAUGCAAGUGUGGUCUAACGCUUUGUGUCUCUAGUACAGUGUGUCUCUAAACAGAGCUUAUACUUGAAUGUGUUAAUACUGAGCUUGUUUUGUUAGUUAUCCUUGUAUUAUUUAACAAUGUGUCCCUGUACGGUAUGUUCUAGUUGUCCUUAUUCAUUUCAAUGCUAAACAAUUGUUUAAUUUAGUACCGUUCCCCAUUCAUGCACAUAAUAAACUUUAAUGUAGUCGAUUUACACUGCUGCAUGUUGCACAAAAGCAUGAUGAUCAAGCGUCUCACCAAGAUGACCUGGACUGGUUCUAUUAGCAUAUUAUACUGACAUCUUUUAGCUCGAUUGUGACGGAAGCUGAAUUCUUAAAGAGUCACUUUCGCGUCCGUUUCGUGGGCAGAAACCAGUACUGUGUUAUUUUUUAGAGGCAACGUGACCUCUUAAGUGGGAGGUGUCACAAAGCUGUACAAUUGUUUUUGUUCUUCCGGACAACUCAGUAUAGUGCCACAGUCACAUCUUUCAUUAAUACAAUUUUAAAAUGAACAAUAUUUUGGGAGUUUGACAAAUUUCCGUUUCGGAAAAAAACAUAUUGACGUCAAAAAGUACAUAAACGUGUUUUACUUUUCUACAUAGUCACCAUUUAGUUGCAUGGAUUUUCUAUGGCGUGAGAUCCAUUUGUCAUAUGUUUCCAUGUUUUCAUGUACCAGUCAAAGCGCUGUUCCCUCAGUUGUCGUAAAUGACUGUCGGUAGGUUAAACUAUGGUCUUGAAUAUCAUUAUGAUAAUUUCUAAAAUAAAACAAAUCUUUUAAAUGCAUAUCAGGAUGCAUCACUGGUGCAAAACUCCACACAAGUAUGUAGAUGCAUGCAUUCAACUUUAAAUCGUAUGGACCAUACCGAACGUUAAGGCAGUUAAAAUGCAUAAUAAUGCAUGAUUGUGUUUUGUACCCGAUAUAUCUCUCUGUCAUUGAAAAUGCCUAUGUACUUUAAUAUUUGUUUGAUGGCUUAUGUGGCUUAAAUGUUGCCUAAAAUGCCAUAAAAAACCUGUUUUACCACUAGGCACGGUGGUUGCCCUCAUGGUAAUUUAUUGGUUAGCUUCGCACUGAUACCUCACUUGAGAGCGAAAACUUUCAAAUUAGGUAUAUGCUUGCUUUAUCUAUCUAACGUUUUUACGAAUUAAACGAGUUGUGAUGGGUAGAUAACUGGGUAAAAUAGGUAUAAUACUGUUUAACAAAAGCAGAGGCGGUGAUCACGCGGUAUACUGUUUUGAUAUCAGGCACUGAAAAAGGUCAGCGCAAGUGGGAGGGUAUGUACUUUUGUUUAUUUUCUCUCUAUUGUUUAAAAUAUUAAAAUUUCUAGCAUCGACCAUGUUCAAGCGCCCAAAUAUUUCUGUAAUUUGGUUCGUUCAUUACGCGGAACGUUCUGUAGUUUACUCGGAAUGCACACGCUUUGAAACGAGGCGAAAAGAGUUGCAGAAAUCUCUGAACCAAGCAACGAACAUAGACUGUAUUAAUAAAAUGAGUUUAUAAAGCCGGAUCAAAUUCUUUAUGGAACAUUGCCUCUAAAGUUGAAGACUUUAUAUAAAUUGCAUACAUGGUUUUGUUCGUUUUCUGAUGAUGACAUAACACACAUGUUUCACUAUGCUUUGGGACGACCAAACAUAUAUCGGUAAAGGGAUUAUGCUGAUACUAAAACGUGUUAUAUUCCGAAAUGACAGUUUGUAUACAAAAAUGAUAAACUCCUCCGAAGAAGUUGCAUAUGACGACCGUGCAACUCCCGAAAACUAAUCAGGGAAACUAUCUUUACUUUCUAUUUGUUAAGCAUGCCUCAUUAGUCUUUAUUUAGUUAGCAAAAGAUUCAAUUCUGGUGUUAGCGACCACAACUAUGUUUCAAACUCUAAGAAAUGCUUUCACUUGCUAGAAUGUUUUCUCCUACUGUAUGAGUAUAUAUGCCGAUGAAGGAUUUCAGAUAUGCAGAUAAGGUAAUAAGCCGUAUACCCGCCCCAAACCCAGGAUUGGCAUUCGACUAUGCAGUCGACAAAAUUCCUCGACAAUUUCUGUAUUAUUUCGGAAAUUUACCUCCAAGGUAAUUCUGUUUCACUUUCCAACAUGUUAUUCAUUUAAAGUUUUGAAAUUUCCCGGUGACCAAUAUUUUUUCCACUGAAUUUAUAUAUUCUGAUAUGGCAGGUAAAUAUACCGUGUCGUGGUUUACUUUCAACAUAACAUCCUACACAGUCCUUGAGAGAUUUUUGAAGUGAGCUUUUUAAGCAUGAUCCGAUUGCAGGCUUUCAAUUUCUGACAAUCUGCGUAUGCGUCGCAUUUAACACUGUAGUCAAACAUUGAAGUAAAGCCCUGUUUAGAGACACAAUGUACGAGAGACACAAAAUGACAGACCACACCUGCAUCAAGAUAGCUUCAUCAAUAAUGGAUGGGAUAACCGCUUUGGAACGUGCAGUAAAACACGACUUUACUGGAACACCAGUUCACUGGGGUUAAAACCCGUUGAUAUUCCCAUUACCCCUUGUCAAUGCUAGGGCAGUAAACAACGUCACAAUGUGAUAAUGACAGAUAACAUAUGCAUACAAAUAACUGUAUUUAUAAAUGUUUGAUACCACCUUGGAAACAUGGCCACUUGAUGGAUUUCCACAAUGUGACUGACUAUCAAAUAUGAUGUCAUAACGCACCCCUUAAGGAAAAUAAGCUUUUCUCUCAUUAAGCUAUUAUAUUUAAUCUUGAUGGCAUUUUGGAAUCAUUAACAGGGCAUUGCUUGCUUAUUUCUGAUAUUGUAAUAUUUAACCGAAAACAAAUCGUAUAAAUUUUGACCAGUAUGUAUUUAUGUUCAUUAGACCAACAUAAAUCGGAAGUUAAAAUAACAUAUUUUCAAUAUUUCAAUAUAAAAACAGCCUAUACGCAAUAUUUGAAUCGGUACAAUAUUAAAAAAUAGCUUCUACACAUUGAGCAAAAAUAAUAUGGGGUCAGCGUGCAUCAAUAUUCAGAUAACUGUUCAUCUGGUACUAUAACUACAUUUGCAGAAUUUGUUAUCGGGAAUGAAUCUUUUAACUCCGAAAUCAUUCCGUGGCUACUACAGCGGCUAGAACGUGCACAACCUGGAAGAAAUGAGU